GCUUUAAUAAAAUGGCCCUACAAUUUGGUUCGUUCAAGUGUACAAGAGAUUCGAAGAUUUGGGACUUCGUUUCUACAAUAUUUGGGAUUUUUCAUAUCAUUGACGCCUGUAUUUCACAGGUUACUUGUAUGCAGGGUCCCUUAAAAGGUUUCGUUGUAAAAGGGACGCUAUGGAGCAACGUUUACGGUCUGUCCUUGUUGCUUCUAAUCGUCACUGUCACUGCUGGUGUCAUACUUAUUUACGGAAUUUUCACGGUUAAAACAUGCCUCGUGACCACCUACAUGAUUCUACUCGGCACAACAGGAAUUGUCACAGCGUCUCUAAUAGCAGCGCUCAUUGCCAUCAUUGGUUAUAAUGCAUUUUUUAUGGCGCUGCUCAUACGAAUACCAUUUCACAUGAUUGGUUUGAUAUCGGCUUAUUACACACGUAAGCGGUUGAAAAAAAUUGUAAACAACAACAGGAUAUUGCGCCGUUUGAACUAUACAACUCAAAACAACCACAACCUUGAGACUAUCCAUGAAAACUUACCUCCUUUGCCAAGACCUCUGUACAGAAGAUUCUACAGUGAAGUCAAACCCGAUAUAUAUUCGUCGCCUCGUGAAGAGAGAAGUAACUCAAUAGUUUAGCAUUGCACUAACAUUUCUAAAAGGGAAUACACGCGGUACCUAGUUUCCCGACGUUUCGGCCAGGUUGCACUGGCCGUAGUCGCGGUCUGACUGGUGAUGCGGUGUUUAAGUCUCCAUCUCGGCGGUUUACGAAAAUUUUGCAGAUUUUCGUGAUUUUUUACCGAACGAAGUUUAGUUAAUCGUGUUUUUCUGGUUCCUCAUAGUUCACUACCGGUAUCUUCUAUUUUUGUUAUCAAUUAAAAAAAUAAGUUGAAUUCGUAUUAUUUAAUAUCGAAAAACCAAUUUUUCGUGUGGUCAAAAUACGUCAAAAUGUAGAAUGAUGUAUUUUUUCGGAUCUACCUAAAUCUGAAAUAGUACAGCGCCAACAA